CCCGCCCCUGAGUCUGGAGCAGCAGCAGCAGCAACAGCAGUGGAGCCUCACUGCCUCUCCUCGCCUCGCAGUGCGGGAAUAUACCAGCGGAGAGCAGAAUGGAUACGGAAGGGAGCCAGAGCAGCCUGUCCUCCGGCACGGACAACUCCCCCCACGACCCCUGCAAAAUGUUCAUCGGGGGUCUGAGUUGGCAGACAACACAAGAGGGCUUGAAGGAGUACUUCUGUAAAUUUGGCGAGGUGAAGGAGUGUAUGGUGAUGCGGGAUCCCGUUACCAAGCGGUCGAGGGGUUUUGGGUUUGUGACGUACGCAGAACAAGCCGGCGUGGAAAAGGUUUUGGCGCAAAACAGACACGAGUUGGAUUCCAAAACGAUCGACCCAAAGGUGGCGUUUCCUCGCCGGGCUCAGCCUAAGCUGGUGACCAGGACAAAGAAGAUCUUUGUUGGAGGACUGUCAGUCAAUACCACCAUAGAAGAUGUGAAGCAUUACUUCGACCAGUUUGGAAAGGUCGAUGAUGCCAUGCUUAUGUUCGACAAAACAACCAACAGACACAGAGGCUUUGGCUUUGUUACCUUUGAGAAUGAAGACGUGGUGGAAAAAGUGUGUGAGAUCCACUUCCAUGAGAUCAACAACAAAAUGGUUGAGUGUAAGAAAGCCCAACCCAAGGAGGUGAUGACACCGACGGGCUCAGCCAGAGGCCGCUCCAGAGUUAUGCCCUACGGGAUGGACGCCUUCAUGCUGGGAAUCGGCAUGCUGGGCUACCCGGGCUUCCAGACUACCACUUACACCAGCCGCAGUUACUCUGGAAUUGCUCCUGGUUACACUUACCAGUUCCCAGAAUUCCAUUUAGAGAGGACCCCCCUCCUGACAUCAUCCCACCCCCCUGAGCUGGCAGCCAUUCCCCUGACUGCAUAUGGACCAAUGGCAGCAGCCGCAGCAGCAGUAGUUAGAGGCUCCACCCCUUCACGUACAGCUGGUUUCCUGGGAACCAGCAGCCCUGGACCAAUGGCUGACCUGUACGCUGCAGCCAAUCAGGACUCAGGAGUCAGCAGUUACAUCAGCGCUGCUAGCCCCGCCCCCAGCACAGGGUUCGGCCACGGUCUAGGGGGUCCUCUGAUUGCUACUGCGUUCACUAAUGGCUACCACUGAGAAGACUCAGGUCACUGAAGACGGGAGGGCUUAUCCUCCGCUGAUGAGCCAAUCAACAUGCUGACUGCCCACUGAUGGCACGACCUGAUUGGCCAGCCACAGGCACUACAGGGCUCUCCUGGCUCCCUGUGGCUCCACCCACCGACUGAAUAUCUUUUUAAAUCCUGAACUCUGUUUUGCUGUACUAAUCUCACUUCAACAUAACAUCCCCGUCUCUCCUCUUUUGUCCUCAUGUAGUCUAAUAACUAGGUCCCCGUCUCCAGUAUCCAUUAUUUUCUUUUGAAGCUGAGAAAAGAAAACUGCAACAAAAAAAAAAGAAAAAAAAAAAGAAAAAAAUCUCUGAG